UGAAGUACAGCAACAUACAACUGGAGGACAUCGACCGCAAGGUGCUGAUGGGCAUCAACGUCACCCCCGUCGCAGCACUGCUCUAUACGCCCGUUCUCAUCAGGUUUUUCGGCACCAAGUGGGCCAUGUUCCUGGCGGUGGGGAUCUACGCCCUCUUCGUCUCCAGCAACUACUGGGAGCGCUACUACACGCUGGUGCCCUCCGCGGUGGCCAUUGGGGUGGCCAUCGUGCCCCUCUGGGCUUCCAUGGGCAACUACAUCACACGGAUGGCCCAGAAGCACUACGAGUACGUCAACUACAAGGAGGAGCACGUGCAGGAGCAGCAGCGGGCACCACGGGGCGCCUGCAAUGUCUACAUCAUCAUUUUCCAGACCAUCUUCUACGCCUGCUUCCACCUGAGCUUCGUCUGCGCUCAGAUGCCCACGCUCUUCUUCCUCAACAACUACCUCUACCAGCUCAACCACACACUCUUCGGGGUCAAGCACUGCGGGACCCUGAGCCACGGCACGCUGCCUGGCUUCAACAAGACGGUGCUGCAGAGCCUGCCCCGCAGUGUGAACCUCAUCAUUGUGGAGAGCGCCCUGAUGGCGGCUGCCUUCCUCGCCAUGCUGGUGGUCCUGGUGCUCUGCGGCUCGGCAUAUCGGCCCACGGAGGAGAUAGACCUGCGCAGCAUCGGCUGGGGGAACAUCUUCCAGCUGCCCUUCAAGCAUAUGCGGGACUACCGCCUGCGCCACCUCUUCCCCUUGUUCAUCUACAGUGGCUUCGAGGUGCUCUUUGUCUGCACUGGCUUCUCCCUGAACUACGGUGUCUGUGCCCUGGGGCUGGAGAAGCUGGCGUACCUCCUCAUGGCCUACGGCUUCUCUGCCUCGGCCUGCUCCAGCCUGGCCCUCUGCAUGCUGCGCCUGCGGCGGCAGAUCCCACUGCUUGCCGGAGCCCUCAUUCACGCUGCCCUGCUGGUGACUCUCUUCUGCUGGGCACCUGAGCCCCGGCACCUGGUCCAGGCACCCCUGCUCUAUGCCAUAGCCGUGCUCUGGGGCACGGGGAGCGCCCUCAACAAGACCAGCAUUAGUAUCCUCCUGGGCAUGCUGUACGAAGACAAGGAGCGCCAAGAUUUUGUCUUCACCAUCUACCACUGGUGGCAGGCCCUGGCAAUCUUCACCGUCUACCUGUGGUCAGGGCUGCCCAUGAAG